ACGGCGCUCUCACUGCACCAACUCGAACUCUCUCCCAAAAUGCCGUCUUUCAUCGACGGCCCCACCUUGCGCGCGCUGCUCCGGCCGUCCACCAAUGGGCGCCGGACGAAGAUCUCGGACAGCGGUGGCGGCAGCGGCGGCGGCGGCGGGAUCUUCAAGAUGUUCAAGCUCAUGCCCAUGCUCUCCUCCGGGUGCAAGAUGGUGGCGCUGCUCGGCAAGCACAACCGCGCGCUCCUAGCCGACCACGCCACGACGGUGACGCUGUUCGGGCACCGGCGCGGGCGCGUGAGCCUGGCGAUCCACGAGGACACCCGCGCGCCGCCGCUGUUCCUGAUCGAGCUGCCCAUGCUGACGAGCGCGCUGCACCGGGAGAUCUCGUCCGGGGUGGUGAAGCUGGCGCUGGAGAGCGACACCCGCAGCGCGCGCCGCCGGCUCGUGGAGGAGUACGUCUGGGCCGUCUACUGCAACGGCCGCAAGGCCGGGUACGCCAUCCGGAGGAAGGAGGCCUCCGACGACGAGCGCCACGUGCUGCGCCUGCUGCGCGGCGUGUCCAUGGGCGCCGGCGUGCUCCCGGCGGCCCCCGAGAAGGAGGGCGGCGUGCCCGCGGGGCCCGACGGCGAGCUCACGUACGUGCGCGCCCGCGUCGAGCGCGUCGUCGGGUCCAAGGACUCGGAGGCCUUCUACAUGAUCAACCCCGAGGAGGGUGGCAACGGCGGCAGCGAAAGUGGUGCCGGAGGUGGCGGCGCGCCGGAGUUGAGCAUUUUCCUAGUAAGGAUGAAAUGAGCAAACCAUGCAUAUUAAAUUACUACUACUAUAUAUAUAUAUAUAUAUAUGUUGUUUUCACUUCGUGAAUCUGAACAUACACACACACACACUCACUCCCUAUUGCACAGAGGUGUUCUAUGAAACUGUCAAUAGAUUGUUUGUAUAUAGUUUGUGAUCUAUAUGGUGUAUAUCUAUCUCCAUGUUAGAUAGUAAUGGAUUUUGUGAAUCGUGGGAUCAAAUCCAGGGUGCGAAAGAAUUGUUGUAGAGGAUUAAUAAAAAACGUUAUAAAAUUUUUAGUGUGCGCA